GUUGUCCUGUGUCCACUUUUAACUAUUGUACGAUAAAAUAUGAUAGCUAUGCCUAAAGCUCGUCCGAAAUUAAUGAUAAGCAAAGUAAUGAUAAGCAUGAAAAACGAAGUGUUUUUGUCACAUGAAAUAGUCGACUGGGAAGCCGGGAGUGGUAAACUGAGACUUUUUUUUUACUGGCACCUACUUUUCGCUGGGUAAUAAACAGCGAUUCAUGCAAAAGCGUUGAGCUGGCUGACAGAGACACGUCCACAAUCAGAUUUUCUUGCCAGUUCGUCGUUCUUUCCACUCUCGGCUGGUCACAAAUAACGACGCAGCUUAAUUAACUCUUCGGAGGGGAAACGUUAUUUUAAUGCGAGUAUCACCAAGUUAACCUUUACACAUCUGCGUCAACAUAAAUUUUAGUUUUUUGGGAGUUUUGCAGGUCAUAAUAUUGCGGAAUUGUGAGUAUUGAAGGAAAUUAAAAAGGGAAAAUGAACUCGACUGAGAAUACCAACAACAAUGACAACACUGCGACCGAAGGGAGGAAGAAAUCGGUCGAUGCCUUCACCAAAGACUCGGGAACGUCGGCAAGCAAUGCCAUGAAUUCAAAUGGGACAAGUGGAGGAACUCUUGUGAUUGUGAAGGUUCAAUUACGAGAUGACAUCCGGCGUGUUCCAAUUCACAAUGAGGAUAUUACUUAUGAUGAAUUGUUGCUGAUGCUGCAAAGGAUGUUUCGUGGUCAGCUGAAACCCGAUGAUGAUAUCACAGUUAAAUACAAAGAUGAUGAUGGAGACAUGAUCACAAUAAACGACUCGUCCGACUUGGCCUUUGCCAUCCAAUGUAGUCGUAUUUUGAAACUUCGGGUUUAUUUCAAGAAAGAUGAAGAUUUGAAUGGCAAACUCUUCAAAAACCUUCCAAUUGGUAUUGUCCGGUCUGAACUUCGCGAGCUUCGGGACAAAGUUAAUUCCUUGCUGGAUUUGUUGGGUGCUGAGGACGACAAAAAGAUUUUAGUGGAUCCUGCAGCUGCGGACAAGAACGCGAUUGUCGAUGCUAAAAAGGAGAAAAAAGGGAUCAUCCCCAAAAUGGAUAAAUUGGGAACUGAAUUAGAAUUUGAUCCCAUUCAAAAGCAACAAGGGCAGGAUGGCGCUCCUCAAGAUCUUCAUCAGGAGGAGCACGACAGGGGACGCUCACCAUUCAAUUACUCUUUUUCACGAUCUUCAAAUCAGCCUUCUUUGCGCCAACAACCACAAGGUCAACCGUCCAAUUUAGUUACUGAAUUGCUUGCCCAUCACCCACCCGUGCUUCCCACACAGCAACAGCAGCAGCAACAACAACAACAAGCAGGUCAUCCAUCACAACAAGGUCAUCCUCAGCCACCACAACAACAGCAGCAACAGAGUAUGGCUCAAAAUCAAAAUAUGCAGCAACAACCUCGCAUGAAUUUUUCAACACAGCCAACACAACCUCAACCUGUAUAUGCACAGGUGGUGCAUCAGCAUCCUGGAAUUCAGCAGCCUGUAAAUCAGCAACAACAGGUCCGGAGUGUAACCACUCCUCAAGGAAAUAUACCGCCUCCAAUUGGAGGAUAUCCAACCGUUUCCACACCCAGCGGAUCCAACUACAAUUACAAUAUCCCCCCACAAUAUCCAACAAUGUCAGGCCAGGGCCCCUACGGUGAAGCUCCAAUUCCAUUUUCUGCUCAAGCUCGACCAACUGUCCCCACUUCCAUGGUUGGAGGCCCACAAGUCGGGCAACCUGCGCAACAACAAGGUCAGUACCCACCUCAACAACAGCAACUACAAGGAUACCCACAACAACAAGGUGGGGCUGGUGCUCCACCACAACAACAGCAAGGAUACCCACAACAACAAGGAGGGGCUGGUGCUCCACCACAACAACAACAACCACCACCGCCGCCACAGCAAUCGCCUUAUCUUCCUCCACAGCCGCAACAAUACCCGGGUGCGUUCCCCCCUCCACCACCCGGACCUGCAGGUCUUAGUAACCCGUACUCACGUCCGCCUGCACCCUACAAAACUCAAUAAGCAAAAUUUGCCCGUCUUGAAUUUCCUUUGCCUUAUUAAGAAGAAUGGAGUCUGUAUUUUUGAGAUUCAAGCCAAAUUAAAAGUCAAAAUUAAAACUGUAUAGGUUCUUGUAAUUCUCUUGAAUGAAAAAGAAAACUUGUAAAUAUUUUAUCGAGCAUGAAAUGCCCUGCAAUAUCAAAUGGUAGUCAUUUUGAACAAUUAUUUAAUAAGAGAAUUACAAGAGGAAUUGUAUUUGAAUUUUGCAUUGAAUAAACAAAUAAAACUCUUAUUAUAA